AUGGCUGGGUCCAGUUCUUCAAAGCCGCCCGGAUGCCGGGUCAGACGGCGGAGAUGUGCUGUUCUGGCUGCUGCCGCUCUUGCGCCCGUACUUGUCGCUGACGCCUUCGUGGCGCCCGGCGCACCUCGGGCGCUGCGCCGACAGGCGCCUCUACCAGGUAGGACAGCACUACACGGGUGGUCGCUUUUCCAUUGGGGAGCUGACGAGGAGGUAGACGAAAAAGGUCGAGCCCGCUUUCUGUCAUUUGCGGACGGAGAAGGGGAAGAGGCCGCGUUACCUCGCGAGUCACUGCGCAGCCUUCUGGAGUGCACAGACAGUUUUUGCUUGACAAAGCAUUGGCUUGCAGAGUCCACAUUGGACAAGAUCUGGAAGCAGUAUGCCGCAGAGGACGGCAUUGGAAUUAAGGAAUUCGGACGCCUGGCCCACGACGGUCUGCUGCUGGAAGGGAAGCUCGAGGAAUACGAGAACGCUUUUAGCGGCGUGGAUGAGGGCGACGGCCUGAUCUCCCGGGAGACCCUGGGCAAGCUUUUCGCUGGCCUGGGGAAGCAUUUCUCUGCCGAGGAGCUGGAUCAGAUCGUAGACGAAGCCGAUGUCGGUCAUGACGGAAUCGAUUUUGCUGAUUUUCUUGGGCUUGCUCGAACUCACCUAGAGCUUGCCGAGGUUGUUCGGUACCUCGAGACGACUCCAAAGCGAGUUCAGGCCUCAGAUGAGGCUGCGGACGGCAUGCUGGGCCACAUCACCACGGUCCAUAGCGAAGCGGAGUUGGAUGCCAUCGUCGCUUCGGGAAAGGAUGUUGUGGUGAAACUGGCCUUCACCUGGUGCAGGCCGUGUAAGGCGUUCCUUCCUAGAUAUGAGAAGUACGCGAAAGUCUACAAAGACACGACCUUCUUAAAGAUCGUUGGGAACGAGAACGAGUCCUGCAAGCACUAUGCGAAGGAGGUCUUGCGAGCAAGAAUCUCCCCGAUGUUUGCCGUCUAUUCGGAAGGCAAGCUGCUGACGACUUGGAACGGUGCAAACAACCAAAGAUUCAUGGACAAGAUGGAGGAGUUCUUGCCUUCGGCCCGGCAGUUGAUCCAGGAGCGGGAAGCCGCGAUAGCUGCCGAUCCGACGCUGGCUCCAGCUGUUCCGACCCGUUGA